CUUCCUCCCCCUCGUUCUCCUCCUCCUCCUCCUCUCUACCCAACAAUCCUCCGUGUGUGUGGGACGGUGACACGUAAACUUUGUUUCACUGACGUGAUCACGCAGGUCGCCUUCACCUGGGGCAGGGAGCAGAGAGAGUCCCUGUCCCGAACCAGAAAUCCAGGAUUUUACAAUAUGGAGGCGAGAGACGCUAUUGCAGGUGCUCUUGUGAGCAGCGAUGGAGAAGAACAAACUGCAAAGAAGGAUGCAUCUCCUAAAACAGAUCAACCACAAACCAAAAGCAGAAUGGAGCAGAUCUUUGGGUUCAAGAGGGAGGACCUGACCUCGUGGAACAGCCUGGUGACGCUCCUAAACCGUCCCACCGACCCUGGGUCUCUGGGCAUCUUCCGCUGCUUGUUUGGUUUGCUGAUGCUUAUUGACAUCACACAGGAGCGUGGCCUCAGUCACCUGGACUACAAGUACCUGGACGGGGCCCCCGUGUGUCGCUUCCCCCUCUUCAAUUUCCUACAGCCACUGCCACUGGACUGGAUGUACCUGGUUUACGUGGUGAUGUUCUUCGGCGCCUUGGGCAUCAUGCUUGGCUGUUUCUACCGCCUCUCGUGCCUCAUGUUCAUCUCGACAUACUGGUACAUCUUCUUUCUGGAUAAAACAGCCUGGAACAACCACUCGUACCUCUACGGCCUCAUUGGAUUUCAGCUCACACUCAUGGACGGCAACAGAUACUGGUCAGUCGAUGGAUUGCGGAGGCCUUCCAUAAGAAACGCUCACGUGCCUCUUUGGAAUUACACUUUGCUGAGGACACAGAUAUUUAUAGUAUACUUCAUCGCUGGAAUCAAGAAGUUAGAUGCGGAUUGGGUGGAGGGAUACUCAAUGUCAUACCUGGCACACCACUGGCUCUUUGAUCCUUUCAAGAUGAUUCUUCCUGUGGAGUUAGUGAGCCUGCUGGUGGUGCACGGAGGCGGUCUUAUUCUGGAUCUCUCCGCCGGAUAUUUGCUGUUCUUUGACGCUACUCGGCCCUACGCGUUUGUCUUCGUCUCCUACUUCCACUGCAUGAACUCCCAGCUCUUCAGCAUCGGGAUGUUCCCCUACGCAAUGCUGGCCACCAGUCCACUCUUCUGCUACGCUGACUGGCCGAAAAGAUUCUUCGCCCAUUUUCCAUCAUUCCUCAGUGCAGUCCUGCCACUCACCUCGGCGGAGUCGCAGCCCAGCUCCUCCUGCGUUUACCAUGAGGACCCCAGCCCCAGCGCCGAACGUCAGGAGACACCAGCUGUUGCCAGAGCUCCCAAACUGAGACUUAAGCACAAGCUGGGGGCCAUUUUUACCAUUCUCUACAUAAUUGAACAGUUGUUCUUGCCUUAUUCACACUUCAUCACACAGGGUUACAACAACUGGACCAACGGAUUGUACGGCUACUCGUGGGACAUGAUGGUCCACUCUCGCAGCCAUCAGCAUGUGAAGAUCACCUACAAAGAUGGAAAAACUGGUGAAAUUGGAUAUUUAAAUCCAGGGGUGUUCACACAGAGCCGCCGCUGGAAAGAUCACGGAGACAUGCUGAAACAGUACGCUACGUGCCUCCAUCAGUUCCUGCCCCGCUACAAUAUCUCUAACCCUGAAAUCUACUUUGACAUCUGGGUGUCCAUCAAUGAACGCUUCCAGCAAAGGAUCUUUGAUCCCCGUGUGGACGUUGUGAAAGCCGAAUGGUCACCUUUCAAACCGAACCCAUGGCUGAUGCCUCUGCUGGUAGACCUCUCCCCCUGGAGGACCAAGUUCCAGGAGAUUGAGGGCAGCUUGGACAAUCAGACUGAGAUCGUCUUUAUUGCUGACUUCCCAGGUCUCCACUUAGAAAACUUUGUCAGUGAAGAUCUGGGCAACACCAGCAUACACGUGCUGCAGGGUCACUUGAAUGUGGAGGUGGUGGAGGAGAAAAAGAACUACACUCUGCAGCCCGGCGAGCAGAUAAAGGUACCCGCCGGGGCCUAUCACAAGGUGCACACGGUGUCUGACGGCCCCUCCUGCUACAUGUACGUCUACGUCAACACCACGGAGGCGGCGCUGCAGGAGAACUUCACCAAGCUGUUCGAGCUGCAGGAGCGCGUUCGCAAUGGAACAGAAACCGAGCCUCUUCCUCCUGAGCUGCAGCCUCUUCUCGCUGCAGACGAUGAUGCUGCGUCGGAGGUGAACGCCACGGACCCCGUCGUGCGGCUGUUCCUCAAGAGGCAGCGGCGCAUGAAGGAGGUGAAGAAGCGCAGGGAGGCCGGCGUGCUGGAGCGGUUCGAACGCUUUGCUGUGAAAAAGUACUACACGAUACGGAGGGGAUUCUUGAUGACGGCCAUUGCGAUGCGAAACCUGGCGGUGGGUCUCCCUCCGCUGGAGCAGCUGACGAGGGAGGUAGCCUUUGCCAACCUGAAGGAACCUUCGGCCGAAGCCAACCAAGACGAACGGCUCAAAGAUGAAGUCGGUCACGGGGAACUCUGAAGCCUUUUGGACCAAAUACUGGGGAAUGCCUGCAGGUGCUAGAUCACACAUUGCCAUCAAAUGUGUGUUAUUAUUAGUGGACUGUUACUACACGGGUACAUCGAUGACCAGAGAUCUGAGGAUUUUCAAUUUCUUUCUGAGAUAUUUUGGCAUUCCAGAUUAUUUUUAAAUGUAAAGUCUGUAUUAUGUUUCUGUUACAGCUGCAGCCAAACCAGAAUAAUGUUUAUUAAGAGAUGUUUAGCUGUGGCAGAGUAAUCGUAAUCGAACAACGAAAAUCAAGACAUUCGCAGUAUAUUGAUUACUACAUGUAAGAAAAUUCUCUGUGACAGAAAUAAGGCCUGAAGUGAUCUACUGGGAGAUCAUGUAUUAGAAAUACACUAGAGGAUCAGUGCUGCUUUGUUGUGGAUGAAGAUGUGUGGAAGCAUGUGAUUGAAUGAAGACUGGUUUUAUGUUUCAAAGGGACAGAUUCUUGUGACUCCUCUGCGCACGUUCUGCUUCUUUUACAGUUUUAAUCAGAAUAAGCUUAAUUGUGAGAAGCCACAUUUACAAACACGCAGGAAAGACACAAGUUUGUCCAGCAAUUUACUGUUCUAAUUAUAAUUUUUUAACGCUACGGUGUAAGAAAAACACACCGUCAGCCUUUUCUAGUCACUUUUCUAAUAAAGAACUUAUGGAGAUAAUAAACGUGAACACGGUUUGUGGAAA